AUGUCUAACGAAACUCUCCUCGAUUUUUAUAUAACGACAGUCACCAAUCGAGAUGUGAUAUUUGUGGAGACCUAUGCCAUCACGUGUAUUGGAAUAUACAUUAUGUUUUCUCUACUCCUUGGUUGUAUUUCCAGAGUUUCAAAGUGCAAGGAAUCGAUCUCUCCUGAAACAGCACGUUCCAAUUUUAACCGACUCUACGCCAUCUAUGAGCACCUUCUCUUUGGCAUCAUCUUGCUCCUUGGAAUUUAUGUCCUGGCCUGGUACUUUGACUGUGAAUGGGCUAUAGGCCUAUGGUCCCUAGUGGGUUUUCUGGUGUUUUUAACGAAAUAUCUCGCAGAAACUUUUACCGUCUCGAUGUCACUUAUCUCAAUUUCCGUCUAUUUCACGCAUCUAGAGGAGAACACUAAAGCAAUUUGGACCUGGUCGGAGAAGUUUUCCAACAAAUUUUUGGGAGUGGUCAUGGCUUUCAUGUGGUUAAAGGAGACUUCCAUGAUACUGUACGGAAUUUUUAUUCUGAAAUUCCAAAUCUGUGGAGCCGAACAACUAUUCUUCUGCUACUUUGGACUCCACUUAUCAACUCAAUUUCUAUACUGGAUCAGUGUCAUUAUCAGUUUCGUUUCCUGGAAAAAUUGGAGGAAGAUGGUUCACUCAGAGCAAAUGAUUACCCGGCAGACUAUCAUAUUGGCUUACUUUAAAUUGUACCCAACUCUCACUGUUAUCUACAAAGUGUGUUGUGGAUUCGAUUUUAAAUUGUGUGCUAUAAUCUUCAUGAUGAUGGACAUACUCUUCCUUUCAUUGACUGUGAGAUUCGUGGAGACUAAGGAAUGUGUGAAAAUGAUGAAACAGAGGAAAUUGAAGGAAGCCGAGUUGAAGAAAGUGGCUGCUUAA